ACUAAAACUAUCCCCAAAGUAGAUUGAAAGUAUUUUUGCAAGCAUUUUACAAAAUGCUUUAUUAUCUCUUGCUAAAUAAAUAAAUAGUAGAAAUAAGACGGCGUUGCACGUCGGAUUGUUAGAAAAGCGAAUUCGGAUAUAGAAACAGAACAGAUCAGAACUGUUCAAUAAAAAGCUCUUUUUCAAACACCAACUUAUCGGUCUUUGAGAACACUGCUUAGAAUAUAUCGAUACCAAGAUCUUUUACUGUUAUUGACAUAUGCUGUCAAACGACAAAAAAGCCUUGUAUAAAAAUAGCAUUCAUUUUUUUUUUUUUUCAUUUUUGAGAACUUCCUCCGCCAAAUGUCGCGAACUGUGAAUAAAGGGAAAACUAUAAAGAAGCGUGUCCAUAAGGAGCUGCCUAGUCGAAAGCCGUCCGAAAUGGAGAACUAUGAUCUUUAUGUGCUCACCUGCACGGAGUGCCAUCAUGCAUUCCCGCCACACUACUUUCGCGGCCAGAUCAGGGAGUUUCGCAUGUGCGAGAUGUGCAAGAAGAACAAUCCGGAGAUAUACAAGUAUUUGGAGAAGUACGUUUACCACCCGCGCCGUAACAAGAGCUGGCAACCAUUUCAGCAACGCCUGGACGGAAUAGCCCAGAAAUGCGAACUGCUAAAGACUGAGCUGGCGGCCUACAAGCGUCAAUAUUGCGACAAGCCCUAUUCACCCAAUCCCGAUGAUGACGAUGUUGAUGCCCGGGCUGCGCAACUGUUGCAGAGUCUCAUCGAGAGAUGUGAGAGCUUUGAAUUGGACCUGGAGGCUUGUAAGCCAAGUAAAGCAAGGCAAGUCGAAGACAAAAAGAAUGGGGAGACAAAGAUAGAGCAAUAAUUGUGUAGUACAAAGGGCUACCCGCCCAUGGAUUGUACCAAUCAGUAUUAGUAACUAGUUAGCCCAGCUCGUUUGUGCCUUAAUUUUUGGAAUAAACAAAGCUUACGUGGCUGCCUUAAUUGUACGGUUCGGCUUAUAACAUUUUAAUUAACGCCCAAAGCGAGGAACAUUGCACGAAUCAGCAAAUUUGUUGACCCAAGACGGCAUCUUUGACCUCUCAGCAGAGUCAAAUAGGACAUUUCCGCGGAACGCACUGUCAAGCAACCGGAUACUGAGGCACUGCAGCGCGAUGUACCAGGAAUGCAUUAAGGA